AAAAUGUAAGUGUAAUCGGUGAAAACAGCAGUGGAUUCAGGUUAGCGUCACUGAUGAACAGCAGCAUAUCAGUGCCAUUAGCAUUAAAAAGUGUUACGUACUAUUAGCGUUUUAUAUGGGAACAGCAAGAUCUUAUCUGUGAAGAAUAUGCUAUGUCUAAUUUAGACUGCUUGAAAAAAUAGACAGCAGCUUCCUCAAACGAAGAAGUUGCAGGAAGUUUCUGUUCUGAUUCUGGAGCAUUUCAAGAAAUCGGCACAACAGUAACUAGGAAAUGAUAAAAUAUGAAUAUGAAAACAAGAUUAGUUGCAAAAACGGAAACUUCCUUAGAUGUAAGAGUGCCAUUAUGGUGUUCUGCUCGCCUCAGUUUAGCAAUAUGGGCCUUCUUUGGAUUCUUCCUCUUGUAUGCACUUCGUGUGAAUUUAAGUGUUGCCCUCGUGGACAUGAUAGAACCAAAUAUAAGCUUGAACAAGAACAUCUCCUCAAAUGUGUGUCCAGAGCAUUCUUCCACUUCAGGAGUUCCUCAUAACACUACGGGAAAAAGCUAUUCUUGGGAUGCUGAUAUGCAAGGCUGGAUCCUUGGCUCCUUUUUCUAUGGCUACAUCAUUACUCAGGUUCCUGGGGGAUAUCUGGCACGCCGAUUUGGGGCAAAGCUGCUGCUGGGCUUUGGCAUCUUGGGUACUGCUGUUUUCACCUUGUUCACACCGUUAGCAGCAGAUUUAGGAGCUGGAUUCCUCAUAGGCGUCAGGGUUUUGGAAGGUCUGGGCGAGGGUGUAACGUUUCCAGCCAUGCAUGCCAUGUGGUCUAAUUGGGCUCCUCCAUUAGAACGCAGUAAACUCCUUAGUAUUUCAUAUGCAGGUGCACAGCUAGGAACAGUUGUCUCACUUCCGUUGUCUGGUAUAAUAUGCUAUUAUGUAGAUUGGAGUUACGUAUUCUAUAUAUUUGGUACCUUAGGUGUAUUGUGGUUCCUCUUCUGGAUAUGUAUGGUUAGUGAUACACCUGAAGCUCACAAGACUAUUUCCUCUGCUGAAAAAGAAUAUAUUCAGUCUACCCUUUCACAACAGCUUUCUACCCAAAAAUAUGUGCCUUGGAAAGCCAUGUUGAAAUCUGUUCCGGUGUGGGCCAUUGUUGUUGCACACUUUUCUUAUAAUUGGACAUUCUACACUCUCCUUACCCUGCUGCCUACAUACAUGAAGGAGAUUUUGAGAUUUGAUGUGCAGGAGAAUGGAUUCUUAUCCGCACUUCCUUAUUUUGGCUGCUGGAUUUGUAUAAUUGUGUGUGGUCAAUUUGCGGACUACUUACGGGAAAAGAAAAAUAAAUCAACAGUCUGUGUUCGCAAAACAUUUACAGUAAUAGGAAUGGUUGGGCCUGCAGUAUUCCUCAUGGCGGCUGGAUUUAUAGGUUGCAAUUAUAAACUGGCAGUUGUAUUUUUAACCAUAUCAACAACACUUGGAGGGUUUUCCACGUCAGGUUACAGUAUCAACCACUUGGAUAUUGCACCAUCCUAUGCUGGCAUCCUCCUUGGAAUCACAAAUACAUUUGGCACUAUUCCAGGAAUGGUGGGACCACUUGUUGCUAAGACUUUGACUCACAGUAACACUAUAGAAGAAUGGCGGAACGUGUUUUAUAUUGCUUCUGCCCUUAACUUAUUUGGAGCUCUUUUCUUUGCAUUGUUCAGCAGUGGAGAAGUACAAAACUGGGCACUCAAUGGUUACCAUAUACAUAGGAACUAAAGGAAUACUGGAGAGAAUGACAAAGCAUUAAAAUUACAUCACUCGGAAUGCCUUUUAUAGGGAUUUCUGUUAAACAAAGUUCCUUUCCUGGAAGACAUUUUACAUUUUUAAUAUGCUGGUUUUUAUAUGAAACUGGGAUCUAAUCCAACAGACUUAUACUUUCAUUUGGUAAAUAUAUGAAGAUGUGCCAUAUUUUAAUCUGCUAUCUACUUUCUAAAUAUUUAUGAAAUCAAUGGAAUAUGAGUGAUUGUUAAAAUACCAGUAAGUAGUAAUUAAGGAAUAAUGUAUAAAAAGAAGAAAUGCAGAAUGUUUUUUGUGUUGCCUUAAGAGUAUUAGCAUUAUUACUAUUUUACCUGUAUUUUUCAUGUAUUAAUUUAAACAAAUGGAAAUUAAAUGUUCUUUUAAAAUGUAUGUGUUUCCCUAUAAAUAUGUUAUGAAUUUUCCACAAAUCAAGGAAGCCACAUCCUGAUGAUUGAGGAAUAUAAGCCCAAAUCCUCAGCUGCCUUCUAUCAGAAAAGUUUGAAAGCAUGGCAUCUCACUUUCAUCUCUUUCUUACUUCAAUUCCAGUAUUAAAAUUGAAAAGCAACCCCCUUUAUCCAAAUAAAGAUGAUCAUAGAAGCAUACUAAUAUUUGUGGGCAGCAACUGGCAUAAAGAUGUUUAACUGGCUACUUGUUGAUCCUCAGUUAUAAUCACUCGGGCUCUUCUCAGAGAUUUGAUGUGGCCAUGUACCAUUAGAAACUUUUAGCCUACUGUUAAUACCUCUCCAUUGUAAUAAGCUCAAUGUCAAUUUGUAUUACCAUAUCAUCCAAAACAUCUGUACAGCAGGUAUUAUAUCCCACCUUUUUCAUAGAAUCAGUUCUCUCAAACUGGGUUUUGGAGAUUAGUGCACUAGGAGGAGACUUCCCUGCACCUAUCUCUUAAGAGAUCUAGAAAUAUCAGGAACUCCUAACUUCUUAGAGAGAAAAAUAUUAGGAAUGGUAGAUAACUUAAUCUAUAUACAUAAUAUUGUGGGAUUAACUAAUCAAAUUUAGUAAUGAGUAACUAUGCACACAAUUGUAUAAGGAAAAUCAAAACUGGAAUAAAAUCCAAAACAAGGGAUGGUUUGUACAGGCUUCCUUUGUGUGACAUUGGGAGUUGAAAUGAUGUAGUAGACUAUAAAGCUUGAGAUUGAAACCAUAUACUUCAAUUUCAAGAUUCAAGUAUUACGAAAAGUAAAAUAUUUUUAAAGGUGAAUAAAGAUCUUGUGAAGCUUUCCAAAACUAACAUAAAUCUGAGAGAAGAUAUACAUUGCUGGGUUUUGGUCUUUCCACAGCAAAACAUCACUGAUAGUUUUGUUGUGCAUAAUUUCAGGGAACCCGGUUGAUUUCAUUUCUAAGAAGUGGCAGUUACUGGUUUUCUACCUUACCAUAGAUUUGAAAAGUCAUUGAAAUAUUUUAGUAAUAUCUUGUUUGUUCUGUUCUAUUGUUUUAGAAUAAUUACCAAUAUUGGCAGUGAAGCUGGUGCUUUUUGCAGAGUUAGUAAUAUGAACCCUACAACUGUUAAUAGGAGGUGGGGAUUUUCUCACUUUUAAGGAGCUAUACCAUGGUACAAAAUACUUCCAACCAAUCACUCAGCCUUCCCUCAUCUCUUGCCUCCUGAUAACUUGGACUUUAGUUGUCCUAAUUCUUUGUAGCAUAGCCUUGGGAGAUGAUAAAGAGGGUGGUCAUCUCCUUGAAGGCACCAUUAGAGAAGACUGGUCUUGCUUUUACAAGUCAACAGAGGGAGUUUUGUGACCCAGAAAUGGUCUACUACCCACAUUUUUUUGAUAUCCUUCUUUUGUAAAUAACCAUUUUUAAAAGACUUGGGAAGAGAAACAAUGUAAAAUAAACUUCUCAAUAGUGCCAAUUUGUGCCUACUCAAGAAAUAAGUCAUGGAGGAAUUUUCAACUUGCAUGGACUACAGCUAUCAGGACAUCAUUCAAAUGCAUUGCCUUUUUCACCUACAACGUAUCAUCUGCACCUAAUGUGAUACUGUUCAUAUGAUUGGUUCCAUUGAUUUUUUUCUGCAAAUUGACUGUAAGUUUACUUUGUUCUUUGAUUAAAUAUUUCCCCCAUUG